GACUUGAACCAUCCAGAGGCCUGUAAGCGGCUACAGCGAACAGGCUGUUUGCGCCGAAAACCGGGUCGUGGCCAGCCUUCUCUCAGCCUCUCUUGUUCCGAUAAACUGAUGCGCUGGGCUGUCCUCGGCCUGGAGAGUGGUCUUUUAAAGACCUUAUUGCUGCCACAGUGCAGAAACAUCCCCACGACCUCUCCUGCCGCUCUACCGCUUUCUUCGAUAAUCAUUGGGCCAGGGUAA